CCAAAUACUUCCUGGGGAAAAUGAAAUAAAUAAAUCAUUUUGUUUUAAAAUAUUGUUCAAUCUCAUGCUUUGUACAAGUUUCUUCAACUAAUUUAUAGUUCAUACAAGUAAGUUUUUUAUAUACCAUUGUAUUCUUGUCGUUUGAAAUUAAAUGUAUUUCAAUUCUUUGUCUGACAGUGUGACAUGUGACUUUGGCACUUGAAAUUGACAAAGAUCAACAUUGACAUUGUUAUUUCACAAUCGAUUCAAUUAUUCUUAAUAUAAAGCCAUGACUUAUGGCAGUUGUCACUUCUGAAACAUUUACUAUUUUAUUUUAAUAGUGUAAAGAUGUAUUUAGUAGGAAAUUAGGAAAAAUGAUUCCAUCUUUAAGAUCUUUUUAAUACAUUCAUUCAAUAUGUAUUGAAUAUGAUUUUAACAUUGUGAAACAAUAAGUCACCUGUGAGACCAUGCAAUCACUUGUUUGUAAUUUCUGUUGAUAGUUAAUUCAAUUAUGAUCACUACAGACAUUGAAAGUUUGCAAAAUGUACUGGUUAGGCCUAGAAAAUUGGCCUGAAAUAGAAAAUUUAGGAACUUUUAAACACAAGUAAAUUAUAUAUGGCAUACAAAAAUUUCCUGCAAGGUGUAAGAAAAUUAAUUUCCAUGAAGAUAUUUUGUUAAACAUUUUCUGGCAGCAGGUUGCAGUUGAGUGGCCCUGCCUGACAUUUUCCAGCACUGAUACUGGGCAAGAUUAGGCUAUGAUAGAUAUGUGCAAGCAGGUUCAAAAUAUUGCACUAGUUUUGUGUUUCAAAACCUUAAAUUGAAUUCACCCUUUGGACUCAUGCAAUUUUGAUAGGUCUUUGAAAAAUUUAGUUGUUUGUUUUUCACAGUGACUAGACAGCUUGCUAUUUAUUCAACUACAGCAACGUACUGUACCAGCAAUGUAGUGAUUGCAUAUAUCUAGUCAAAGUUGAAUUUUUAUAAAAUAAGCUGAUCCCAACUCCAAACCCUGAAAGUCAGUGAAGUCAGUUUAAUACAGUCCCAAAACUAGUUUUGACCCACAUUUCAUUUCACUUCGCAUGCAACAGCUUUGACCAAUAAUUAGCAAGAAGCUGAAUGCAAUUGCAAGAAAAAUGUUUAUAUUACUAAAUAAGAUAUGUCAGCUGAGAAAUGACCAGCAAUUUUACUAAACAGCCAAAUCUAGACCCUUCCUUUUUCCAAAUUACAACAGAAAACAUGGCUGACCAAUUAACAUAACUGUGGGUGAUCGAUAUUCGUACCAUUUUGCAGCAAGUUCAUUGAAUAAUUAUUCAAACAACUAGAGUGAAGAUUUAAUGUUGAAGAAUAGAUCUGAACUCCAGAUACAUGUCCAUUUGCAUGUGAUACCAACAGCUGUUAACUUGUGUUCAUAUACUCUAUGUGAGACCCCGUCCAGCCAUUUUGCCUUGCUUUGCAACUGGGUUUAUAUCUGUACCAUGGUAGUUAUAUUUAUGACUUGUUUUUUGAAAAACAUGUUAAUUAAUUUAAAUUUAUAUAUAUUUGUUGUUAUGAAAACUUGCAAACACUUAUUAACCAUUUAGGUUGCAAUGCAUCCUGAUGAGCCUACUUUACUAACACCAGAUGAUUUUACUCAUCAAGGGGAGAGUGCUGCUACUCAAAGGGUUAAUAAUAAUAUUUUGUUGUUUUAGGAAACAAUACAUGGCUGGUCCCAAUGUUCUAUUUUAUUAUUAUGUAUCGGGUCUUAGUUUUAUCAUUUUUCUUGGCAUAUUUUUGCUCAGUCCUUUGAUUUCGAAAGUAAUGUCGUCCAAAUAUAAACAUCUUCCAGUGAAAGAUCAAAUAAAUUGGGACACAAGGUUGGUUGAUAUUUCAUGAUUCUGAACAUUGCUUUACUGUAGCUUUAUCUAACUCUAAAGGCAACAUGCAUUAAGAGGUUAUUGAUUAUGUGACAUUAUUGUUGAGUUCAGGUCACUUUUCAAAGCACGAUUCCCAAGUUUUUUGUGAAUACUCCCAAUUACAAUGAUCUAAGUUUGGACCAUUGGGCGUGAAAAUUGCAAAGCAACUUUGCAAGUUACAUACUAAAGUACAAAAGUGUAUACUGAACUUUAGUAAUUAAAAGCAAUUACUCAUGAAUUAGUUGUCUUUGCAAGUUCCACAUUUAGAACGUAAUUAUAUAAGGAAUAUUCACAACAAAUCCACAAUAAUCUGCUAAAAUCUUUUAGCUAUGAAUUUGUUACACCAGAUAAAGGAUACCUACCCUGGGUGCCAGAGCCUCCAGCUGUGAUAGAAGUGAGGACACGACAAGGAGGCUCUGGUCACACAGCUUCCAGCCUCACUUUGGUGAGAUCAAUAUUUGAACUCUGUUUGUGAUUGGUCUAAAUUUAUGUGAGCCUUUUCAUUGGUUAACCGAUGAGCUUUGGUUAACCAAUGAAAAGGCUCACAUAAAUUUAAUCAAAUCUUAGAAUGCCAGACAAUUUUACUCAUCAAGAGGAAGUGCUGGUACUGAAUGAGCAGCGUGGCAGCGUCACUGUACAUUUAAUGCAUAAAUUUUCUCUUGCUCGAUGAAGGCCAAAAUAGAUUCUGUGAACUUAAUGAUUAAUUGUGAUAUAUUGCUUUAUAUACAGUAUGUGUGGUUGGGGGGUUGGGAGAAUUCCUGAACAUCAUUAAAUAAUUUCAGGACAAUUUCCCGCAGACCAAUAGUCGUCAGUUCUCCCAGCUAAGGGACCGGUCAUAAAGUAAAGGGGGGGGGGUGGGCUGGGAAAAUCAUAUAUUUGGUGUCUGCACUUUUGGUAGCCCACCCCUUAAUAGCUGCAUGAAAAUUUGUAGCCCACCCUCAAAUUGGUGCUGAAAAAUUAUGAUCCACCCCUUUUCCAAUCCCCCCCCCCCCGUCGACAACUUUUUUAGUUAAAAAAUUUCCGGACAAGUACAUUGCAAUUGCUUUCCAAGGACUUUAUCUUAAUUUUUCAUACCAAAUUUCGGUACUUAGCCCAAAAAACAGAUAUCUUGUUCUUUGCACGGAAAUUUUUAACACAAAAAAAUUACUGGGGCCCAAUCUUCUGCAUAUUUUUACAUGGCCCACCCUUAUGAUCGCGCUUAACUUUCGAUGACCCACCCCUUCAACCGUGCUCAAAAAUAGUGACCCACCCCCCUAUUUUUCCCAGCCCACCCCCUCUUUUACUUUAUGACCGGUCCCUUAAAAUGCCUUAGUUACCAUUGUGUUUUUUGUGACUGUCUUUUUUAUGUUCAAUAUAAUUGUGUUGAAAUCAAUAUGAACCCCCUUGAAUACGCCUUGGUUUUGGGGGAACAUACUGACAGGAUUUCAAAUAAAGUUUAAGUUUAUUUGUGACUGUCCAUCUUGAAUAUAAUUAUCUGUAUUUGAUGUGAGAUAUUUUAUCUAGAAUUGGGUCAAAUAUUCAUGCCGUUGUUGCUGCCACAAUAUCUCUUUAUGCAUUUUUCUUUGAUAAAGCAACAUUGAUGGAUCAUUUCUGGUAAUUUUUCUAUUUGACAAUUCUUUUGUUCAGUUUUUUCCACAAUUCAUGUACAAUAUUUCAGCAAUAAUUCCAUGCUCUAACAAAUUAUUUUGAUCAAUCAAUAUUUUCUAGUACUGAUUCUGUUGUUGUAAGAAGUGGAAUUUCAAUUACCUUUGGGUAUAUAUUAGCAGGUACUGUUGUCUCUGUACUGUUGUCUCUGUACUGUUGUGUUAUGUUAUGAUAUAGAGGUUCAGAUUUGACUACCACCACCGCUUCCACUACCUCUAACUAGUUUAGUACGCAUCUGAUUGGUUAAUCAAAUAUAUCAAACGCAUCUGAUUGGUUGAUGGUCCCUUAGUCUUAGGGACCGGUCAUAAAGUAAAAGGGGGGCGGGGCUGGGAAAAUCAUAUAUUUGGUGUCUGAACCUUUGGUAGCCCACCCCUUAAUAGCUGGACGAACAUUUGUGGCCCACCCUUAAAUUGGUGCUGAAAAAUUAUGAUCCACCCUUUCAGAAAGGCAAACAAUACCAGCGACCAGCGUUCUAUUUUUCUGUUACCAAUUAAUUCUGUUACAAUACUCAAUAGCUAUUCAAAUGGUGCAAUUAAAAUUUAGGGCCUCUUUUAAGGAUAUGUAACUGGAGGGGACAUAUUUAGCGGGGGACCUGGAGGAGUUCCAGUCGGCAAGUCUGUAUCACUGCAGCUACCUGCACAUAUAUGCAUGGUUUAACUAAUAAGUAUACGUCAUAGGGCAGCAGAUCAGGCCGUAACUAGGAUUCUGAGAUGACCAGCAAAGGUGCAAGCUCCUAGAGGGGUCUGGGGGCAUGUCCCCCAGAAAAUUUUGGAUUUCUUGAAGCCCAGAUAAGCUAUAUUUCCCACAUUUUGAGGAGUUUUCCAACAAGAAAUUAACGUUAUAAACAGUGACACAAUUACUACAAUUUCACAGUCUCCCAAAUGUAAUCCAGUCCCAAUAAAGCAACGUGAUGUGAUAAUGCGGUAAUUAAAAUGUGUGUUGUAUAGUAUUAUCAUUCACCACACUUCAAAUUCUACAGUACUGUAUUACAUGUAUCGGGGUACUUGAAAUCGACGCAUUCGUCUUCUCAGUGUCACUGCAUGAAAAGCAAGAUAUGGUGGUCUCUUUGGAAUAUCUUUGCUUGGAAAAACUAAACUAGAAUUUCAUCCUAAAAUUAACGUCCGAGUCAACUGACUCGGUUGACUCAUAGCUAUAGUUACGGGCCUGCAGAUGAAGGUGAAAUUCAGACAUGUUGACAACUUAACAUCGUUUUCUCACUUUGAUACAUAAUUGCUGGUUGACCACCUACUGCAGGUAGUUCUAAGGGACCUCACUCGGGAGGGGGGACAAAAUUGUCGAUUGGAGGAGCCAGUAAGAGGGUUGGCGGGAGUGGGGGGGGGACAUGUCCUCCGCAGUCUAUAUAUUAAAAGAGGCCCUGAAUUAAAUACAGAAAGGUCUUUCUCUGCAUGGAACUUCCCAUGCAUACUGCAUGAUGACUCAGUAUCUUUCUCAUAAUUAGAGACCUUUAGUUUGACAUUUACAGCUAAUGCCAAACCACUAACGAUGAUUGUCAUAAUUUAAUUAUGCUCUUGUAGAUAUUACACUAAUUUUGUUACAUAAUAAACAAAGCUCAUGACAUUCGUAGCAAUAAUGAUUAUCAGAAAAUUAGUUAGCCACUCCUAACGUAUUAGCCAAGACAGUAAAUUCAGCUUUUAAGUUUGAGGUUAACGUUUGCGGCAUAAAUUUUACACAUGGAUCCUGAUACGUUUCAUUUCUAUUUUUAUAAUAUGAAUUUUAAUACACAUACCCUUGAAAAAAUUUCUGCAUAUUUUUUCAUGGCCCACUCUUAUGAUUGCACUUAACUUUCGAUGACCCACCCCUUCAACCGUGCUAAAAAAUAGUGACCCACCCCCCUAUUUUUCCCAGCCCACCCCCACUUUUACUUUAUGACCAGUCCCUUAGCGGUAAUGGAAGUCAAAUCUGAACUUCUAUAUUAUCACAUCGCCAAACCAAAAAAAUGCCAAUGGUGAAUUUUCCAUGUGGACUGCAUACAAGCCAUAUUAAUAUUCUGACAUAAGUAGGACCGCCCAGAGGUUGCGUGGGACCCUGGGCAAAACUUUACCAGGGGCGGGGGCCCCUAUGACGUCAUAAUUUUUGACCAGGAAAAGCGGUGUGUUAUGAUAUUUUUAUAUAUUAUCUGGCGCUUAAACUGAUUUUUAUCAUCGGUUAAGCAAUUUUGUAUCAAGAAAAUGUGAGGGGCUUUGUCACUUUGGGAGCCCGGGGGAAAAUCCCCCAACCCCUCUUCUCGGCAUUUAACCCAGGGUAUUUUCUCUCACUCUCUGGUGAAAAGACACUGAGUAUGAAGACAUAAUUAACAUACCGCUCUGGCGCUCUAUCGAAUUACCAGCUCCGAUUAUUGCCCCUACCUGUGUAGCUCUGAUAUUUGGCUGUUCCAAUAGCCCGUCUACACUUUCCUGCCAUUGAUGUAAAGGCCGUUUCCAUCAUGAUUGCUUUCCUCUCUGCUCGUGUCUUGUUGUCGACACCGAUACAGCUCUGAAUCAAUUUCGUAUCAAUGUAAAUCGCUAGUGUAGCAAUGGCAAUGUACAUCUCAAACAAUGUACAUCUAUGGCAAUAUACAAUGUACAUCAAUGGCAAUGUAUAUCAAUGGCAAUGUACAUCUCCCAUAGCAAUGGCAAUGUACAUCUCUCGGUCUAACUUAUUUUAUGUUUUCCAGAUUUUUUCAUCAUUCUUUGGUAUUAUCGUUGUUUUCAAGAUAUAUUUAUGAUUAUUCAUCAUAUUAUGGCGCUAUUAGCUUAUGUUUUCGUAAUGGUAUGUUUCCUUAGAUAUCUCAAAGUAUUUGUAUACGGUAUACAGUAGUAAAGUACUGCAGUAGCCUGGAAACUCACUUUCUAAUAGGGAGCUUUAAACAAGCGACAUUUUUAUCAACAUGGACGUGAGAUUGCCGAGGGGGACUGGAUUAAAAACUGUGUUUGUAUCAGUUUGUGCUAAUCUUCAACACAUGUGACAAAACAUAAGAUUUUUUGCAACUUGUCUCGGAACUUGUCUCGCAAUGUUAAGAAAAACGAUUUCAGGAUUGCAUUGCAAGGGAUGUUACACCAAGCAAUAUGUUCCAUGCAACUUGCAAUGAUCAUUAUUAAAAACACAGUAUAUAAAAACCGCGAGUGCUAACGUUUCGUGCCAUAUGUCAGUCAAAAGCCAAAUAGGAAACCAUUCAGUGUAUAAACAUUGCAAGACCAGUUGCAAGAGGGAUGUUACACUGUGCAAUGCUCUAAAAAUGCGUUGCAGCGUUGCCGCAAUCGUUGCAAAAAGUACAACCUCAUUCUACUUCGUGCAAUGGUUGUUGCAAUUAUAGGCAACAAAUUAAGAUUACCAGCAUUACAGUGUAUGUUGGCAACCUACCCCCCCCCCCCCCCUCUGCCUUGAGGAAUCAUUACACCCCUCGUGUACUGUACUGUAGUUCCGCCACUCUGUCUUCGUUGUAAUGAAUUAUGGAUAUUUUGUAGAUAUACGGCUGCCUUCUUUUCUUUGCAAAUAUUCGUCAAAUUGCGGAGCUAUCAACGCCUUUUGUUAAUCAAAGGUAUUUUAUUAUCUACUGUGUUAUAAUACACCCAACGUGGGAUUCCAUUAUAGCUAGUAUUCUAACCUGUUUUCGUCCUGACUAUACCCGAGUGUUCUUCUCAAACACGUCAGCACGUGGAACCUAAACUCCUAAAGCCUGCUUUACACAAGAUCAAAGUUUCUGUGAUCGCAGAAGGAAUUUUGCAUGGGUAAACUCUAAAUUUUGAAGGAUUUGUGAGAAAUGUUUGAGGAAAGUAACUCAGUGUUUACCACAAAGUCAGUUUCCUCAAACAUUUCUGACAAAUCCUUCAAUCCUUUGUGGCAAGAAACAGAAGGAAACUUCCGAUAACUUACACUGUAUUUAACUUUCAAGAGUCGUAGAAAAUAUUAUCAUACUUUUAAAGCAAAUGCGAUGUAAUUUCGCGUACGCAGUAUGCAAGCACGUUUCAAAAAUACUUCAAAAUUAAUGCAAACAUCUCUAUUUAAUGUAAAUGUUGGAGUUUUUUCUGACAAACGCUUUUAGCCAGCUAUCCUAAAUUCCAAUAGCCCAGUGGUUAGAACGCCGCUAUGCUACAGCAUGGCGGGAUAUCCAGAAAUUGCAUUUUCAGCAAGUACUUCGACGGCGUCAUUUGGACACCCAAAUAUUUUACCUGUAGUGAAAUAAUCAUUCUCAAUUUUUUCUUAUUUUCCAGAUGGUUUUACGACAUAACUGGUCAAGCACGUAGUUCAAAACAGUUUAUUAGGAAUGGUUUGCUGAUGAUACUGGCAUUCUUUCUUGGUCGUAUCAUCUUCAUUCCAUAUUUUAUGUGUACUGGUUUUACAAAAUGCUUAAAGGCGGAGCUAAGUUAUUAUUGAAGCCUGGUCAAGAGAAGAAAUCGAAGUAGAGACAGCCGAGAUUACACGAGGAGUCUCUCGACAGCACGCUCUCAUGAUGCAACACCGCGACACAAAGUAUUUCCUACAUACAAUAUAUGUACAUAGCAAGAUACGGGUAUUGAAAUCUGGAAAACUAAAGACAAUACUAAUCACGACUGUUGUUUUCAAAGCCCGAAUAUCCUACUGAGAUGAACAUGCAUUAGAUCGAGGGAAAGCCAAACUAGUGCGCCUUCUCCAUAUUUUCUCCAUGUUUAAAGCAUAAUAUACUCUUUAUAUAGAAGAGUGAUGUUUCUAUUUUGCUCAGGAUACAGAGAAAUACGUUUCGGUACGAUACACGGCUGAAGUGGAUAACGGUUUUAACGGAAUAUUCGGAUGAAAGAUUUAACGACAGGAAGUUAUAAAGUUGCAGUCACGUGGUAUAACAUUUAUGGUACCAUUCAGUGGACAACUAGUGAUUUGCAAACUUGGUUGAUGAAAAUAAUCAGUUUUAAAAUGCAACAAAAUGUACAGAAGUGCAAAACAAAUCGUAACCUGUAACAAAAGCUGAAUUCAAUGCAUGUCAAGGGAUGGAUCAUUAGAUAUCCUGGAAGGGGCGAUUUUCCUUGCAAGAUUAUUCGUAACCUGUAACAAAAGCUGAAUUCUAUGCAUGUUAAGGGGUGGAUCAUUAGAUAUCCUGGGAGGGGCGAUUUUCCUUGCAAGAUUAUUUUUAAGUUCAGGAGCUUUGUCAAACUUUUUUAUAGUGAGGCUAUGCAGAAUUGUUUUCUAUAUUUUUCUGUAUGCUCCUUGCCUCGUUCCCACUCGCUUUUUCAAUAAAGAUCAAUAGAGAUCAGAAUGUCGAGUGUGAUAAUUAACCCUGAGGGACUGUGGAAGAGUCGGGUAUUGCAGGAUUUUUCUUUCCCUAAAUGCUCACGUGAAUGUUUUUAUUUUCAAAUUCCACUCUUUGCAAAAUCAGUUUUUGUUGCUUGUAUUAUACCUAACCUUUAAUUGCAAGCAGUUGAUUUGCUUAUAACAAAUGUUCCA